AAAACACUGGCAACACUUCUUACUAGAAUGUAAUGACGGAUGAACAUCAUUCACCCUGCAACCCGAGAAACGCGCACAAAAUGUUUUCGUACAAAUUCCCUUGCGGGGAUUUCCAAACAAUAGCAACUAUGACCAAGACCGGCAUUAAAUUCGACCCACCUGUUUACGAGCAGCGCUACUGUGCCGCAAUUCAGAUCCUGGAGGACAACCGCUGGUCGGCAGAGAUCAAGAAAGUGGUGGAGUUCGGAUGUGCUGAAAUGCGUUUCUUCCAACUAAUGCGACGCAUAGAAACAAUUGAAAAGAUUGUGAUGGUGGACAUCGACGAGGAGCUGCUGAUGAAAAAUGUGACAAGUACUAAUCCAUUAGUCGCGGAUUAUAUUAGACAUCGACUAGGACCCCUCCAUGUCGAGAUUCUGAAAGGCAACGUGGCGCAUGCCUCUGAGCAAUUGUUAAACACUGAUGCUGUAGUUGCCCUGGAACUAAUCGAGCAUGUUUAUGAUGAUGUUUUGGACAAAAUUCCGUCAAAUAUUUUCGGGUUUAUGCAGCCAAAAUUGGCUGUCUUUAGCACCCCGAAUGCCGACUAUAAUGUGAUCUUCAAGAGAUUCAAAACACUGCUACCCAACGGAUUACGGCAUCCAGAUCACAAGUUCGAGUGGACACGGGAGGAGUUUAAAUCCUGGUGCAUGAGAGUCGUGGAGGCAUACCCCAACUAUAUGUUUUCUAUCAUGGGAGUGGGCAAGGCUCCAAAAGGAUUCGAAACGGUGGGCAAUGUCUCCCAAAUAGCGAUGUUCGUCCGCAAGGAUUCUUUUGACAUGCAGUUGAUAGAUCCUUUGCAUUCGCCCACGUCCGCCACUUUCGAUCCAAAGGAAUCCUACAAGCUAUUGUACUCCGUCGACUAUCCCUUCUACGUAGACACGAGGACUGACAAGGAGAAAGUAUGGUCGGAGGUGCAGUUCGAGAUACAUAGAUUUAAAAUAGCCCAGGACAGUUCCGAAAAUGAUAUACCCUCCGACCAGUCGGGGUAUAAGAUACCAAUUGCUGAUUUAUUGGCCCGUACUCAUCGGGUAAACGCCACCAAAGAUAUUUUGUUGGAACUUUUUCAAGAAAAUUCGAUGGAAGUCAAUGAUGAUUGCGUAUUUAUACCGGAGUCAGAUGUGGAAUCAAAUGGUUCAGAUCUUAAUGACUUCUCUGAUCGCUUAUCCCUGGAGACUGGAGUCUCCGACCAAGAGGAGAAGGAGUGUUGGGAUAUAAAGAAGGAUCCAGAAUAACAGACAUAUUAGGCCUAUAGUUUUAGGAUUUUAAUAGAAAAUAAACUUCAUAAAAACUACUCAAAGCAACGAGUACCAUCGCGAACAGAAUCUUCAUGCAAUUAAAAUAUUUCACAGACCAUUAAUCCCCCAUACCAUUGUUGCAAUAAACCACUCUCAUCCAA